CUCCCUGCCUCCCUCCUCAGCAUCCUUCCUUUAGCUGCUUCGCCGCAUUAGCGAAACUGGGGCUAAACUCCACCCAAAGCCUGACCACCUGACUGCUUACUUAGCAAGAUGCCUAGUGUCACGGUGAAAGAUGUCAACCAGCAGGACUUUGUCAGGGCUCUGUCAGCUUUCCUCAAAAAGUCUGGCAAGCUAAAGGUCCCAGAAUGGGUCGACACUGUGAAGCUUGCCAGGCAUAAGGAGCUGGCUCCCUGUGAUGAUAACUGGUUUUACACCAGAGCAGCAUCCACAGCUCGACACCUGUACCUGCGCGGAGGGGUUGGUGUUGGCUCCAUGAUCAAGGUUUACGGAGGGCGCCAGAGGAAUGGGGUAUGCCCCGCCCACUUUAGCGUGGGCUCCAGGAACGUGGCGAGGAAGGUCUUGCAGGCUCUGGAGGGCCUCAAGAUGGUGGAGAAAGACCCAAAUGGUGGUAGAAGACUCACCCCGCAGGGUCAAAGAGAUCUGGAUAGGAUUGCUGGCCAGGUUGCCUCAGCAAACAAGAAGCAGCGAAGUUUACAAAGCGCCAUCUGAGGGAUGCAUGCAAAGAAUCCUGAUGUGUGAAAUGCAGAAAUGCCUUAUUGCUUAUUUACUCAAGUUUGCUUGCCUCCCAAACCACUUCAGUGCCCACGGUAACUGUGCAAAAGGUGUUUCACAGCCAUGCAUGUGUCUAUAGUACAAAUAAAUAUACAUGGAUGUUCUACAACACAAUCAGAUUUUUUUUUCAAUACAUAUAGCAAUGCAGUGAUGGC